AUGCGGUGGUACCUGUUGGGACUAUUGCUCCUCUGCCUUCACUGGAGGCAGACAUUCGCAGCUCCAGCAGACUAUAGGCAUCAGGAGGCACAAGAUGUUGCACUUCUUGCCGCCAGAGAUGAGACAGACGCGACAACGACCGCGUCCGAUAAUACAUCCAGUCAAACGACUGCGACCACGGCCAUGACCACUACUGAUACAGCAUCCACAACUACUUCAAUAACCUCCACAACGCACUCAACAUCACAUUCCCCCUCUAGCCAAACGAGUCAAUCGAUUCUUACCACAUCUGUUCCGUCGCUAGUUACAUCGACUUCAGGCUCAAGUGACCAAUCGAGCACGAAUUCAACGGGACAGACGUAUACCGGGGGAUUGCCGAUUCAGCCGUCAAUUACCCCAGCGCUGGGUGUGGGAGGAUUUAUACUUCUCGCAGCUGGCGCAGUGUUAACUUUCGUCGGUAUCCGAAAGCCACGAAUUUCCAUCUUUUUAUCUACGGGACUGCUGGCCGCCCUUGGUGUUACCGUUCUAAUUGAAUAUGUGAUGAACCCUCCAGUAAGCAAUGGAGUCCAAGGAGGAUAUCUAGUCGCAAUAUUCUUCACGGGGGCUAUAUUCGGUGGUCUGUCUCUCGUUUUCAAAGAAAUCACUGAAGGUCUGUGUUGUUUGCUUGGUGGUUUCUGUAUCGGCAUGUGGUUCUUGACCGUGAAGGCUGGCGGUCUGGUCACAGGCGACGGAGCCAAAGUGGGAUUCAUCCUUGCGUUCACUGGAGGCUUUUACUGUCUCUCAUUCAGCCACUAUACCCGUUCGUAUGGGUCGAUGCUGUGCACUGCUUUUAGCGGUGCAACUGCGCUCGUUCUCGGUAUCGAUUGCUACAGCCGAGCCGGGCUGAAGGAGUUCUGGCUUUAUCUCUGGGGGCUGAAUGACGACUUGUUCCCGUUGAACACCUAUACCUAUCCCAUAACACGCAAUAUCCGCGUUGAGCUGGCUAUCAUAAUCAUAGUCACCGUUUUUGGUGUGAUAUUCCAGCUAAGAUUGUGGAAAGUGAUCAAAGAGCGUCGCGCGAGAGAAGAGAGCGCUCGCCAGGAAGCCGAGAGAGCCAAGGAGGAGGCUGAAGCAGAAAAUGGUCGCCGACUCAAAGAGAAGAACCUAAGAGAGCGAGCGGAGUGGGAACAGAUGUACGGCAAUGGCAGUGAGGGGGCCAAAGAGCCAUCUCUGUCUGAAACGGCCGUUGCCGACGACUCGCGACGCAGCUCGGAUGCUUAUGGAUCUUCAGUCCGUGAGAAGGGAAACUCAAUCGAAAUGACAGAGAUGGCUAGUCCAGAUCCUCACUCAGCACGAGUAUCUGACAGUGGCAAUCACCUUGAGGCAGUGGAAGAGGUUGUGGCGGAGACUGGAGCCGACGAAACGGAUGGUCAUACGACAGACGGACAUGAGCCAUCCCAGCACCAAGGUGAACAUGGAGAUCAAGAAAAAUUAAGACCGACAACCCCUGCUCCAAAGGAUCUGCGCAUUGAGACCAAUAUAGAUCCCGACAAUAGCUCUGAGCAUGGUGCCGUUCUGGGAUCGGAAAUUGGCACACCACGCUCGAAACGCUUCUCAAGCCGAUCUUUAAUCAACCGGAUGUCAUGGCGAAGCGGACAUACCAUGAAGCCACUCCCAUAUAAUCAGUCAGAAGAGGCCUUGAUAGAUGCGGAUGCAUCUUCUUCCGUCGCAGGAAUGGUCGAUGAUAUUGAAAGCAUUACUUCUGAUAAGCCAAGUCUGGCGGAAAUUGACGUUGCGGCCAACGAGAUGCCAGAAAAUAAACCUGGUGAAGAAGUCCGCCCCAAUACUGUUGCUUAUGAGACUAUACACAACUCCAAUCCUGGUGAAAGCAAGGCCCUAGAUGCUAGCGCCGCUUCCGUCAUAACAGCUGUUCAUGAUACGAAUGCUUCGGAUAUUGGAACUCAACACCAAGCCAUAUCAACGGAUGACGCUCCUCGUGAGAUCGAUGUAACGGGAGCUCCCGAGCAAACGGCAACUACUAAAGCCAAGAGUGGCACCGAAGUCGAGACCGGCAGGUCAGAAGCUAUUGAAGAUCAGCAACCGAGCCCUGAAUUUUCAGCACCAGCUGAGGCGAAACCUGAACGACAGGCCGAUUCGGUGAAGAAUGAGGACACUAAGGCUGAAGGUACUAUCGCAGAAAGCAAGUCGGUCACUGAAACUCAAAAUGAAGAGAAGGCAGAGAAGGAAACUGCAAAGCGACCUGAUGAGACUGUUCUUGCUCAACCAUUGGUCGUACAACGAAAGCCAGCUAAGAAGCCUAAAUUGGAUGUGUCAACUGUGCAGAAUAUUCCCGAGCAGACUUCAAGAGUCGUGAAUUCAUUCCGCACCAGAGAAUGGGCAAAGCACCUUGCAAAUGCAGAUGCUCCGGAUUGUGAGCCUAUUCAGUUUGAGAGUGAGGAGCAAGAAGAUCCUGCUGCAUCUGAAGAAACAGCAGCUCCGGUCGACGUUCACGGCCUGCUACAGACCCCCCAUACUGCCCAGCUACCACCAGCUGUCAUGAGCCCGGCUUCUUCAAGUCCAGAGCAGAUUUACUAUCAAUCUCAAACAUCGCUAGCAUCUCCAGAUAUUUCUCAACCCAAGACAAGGGAAAACACGCAGAAUCUUGCCAAUGCAAGAUCUCCCCCACUCUCUCGAAACGUAUCUUCGAGCUCUUCGAAUCCGCAAGAUCACAAUGACAUUCCUGUGAUGCGUAAUAGCGCUUCAACUCCAUAUCUGACUGUCACCACUGCAAACGCCUCCGAAGAGGUAGCAGACUCACCUCGAUGGAGUGGGCCUGCACCCCUUUUAGCUGUGCGAGAAAACAUGAUGAAAAAUCGAAUGUCAUCCACAUCUCUCCGUUACGACCCAUGGGGACCCCGAAGCCAAUCUCGCCAGUCUCUGGCUGAGCCCACCCGAAUUGUAUCGCCAACAAUUAUCCCCGAAGCAGAGGAAAUUGCCGAGACCUCACCCCACAUUGAAGACGAUAUCCCUCUUUCCAAACGACGCGCCUUGCUGCAGCGCCAAACCAUGCGAUCACCAUCUGGGGCUAGCUCACAAAGCCUUGAACAGAUUCGAUCACCUGUAUCUCCUGCUGCCCCUGUUGAUCCAGGCAGAUCAGAAGCUAUGAUGUCGGCAUGGCGACAAUCUGUACGAGAGGAUCUCUCACAGCGACGUGAUCCUCUGGCUAUGAAAUACACACCUCUUGGAACUACUAGCCCUGCUAGCCCUGACCGACCCCGGAAUACCUGGGGAUCUGUGCAGCAGAUGCGCGAUGCCUCAGCAACCCAUAUUGGCAAUACCAUUGCCGAAGGGAUGCAAAAGGGAAACAUGACAGAGCUCCACCGUCAGGCUAUGCGGCGGAUGCAAGCUUCUGCAAAACAACUUUAG